AUGUGUAAAGGUAUGAAGAAAUGCGAUAAAUGUGAAAUGUACGGUGUGGGUGAAAGUUUUGUGGGCUCGGACUGCAAAACAUGCUGUAAAUUGGAAGAAUUAGACAGAAAAUAUAAUGAACAGCAUGAUAAGAUCGCUCAACUCGAACAACAGCUUGUAGAGCUUCUAAGCAAUAAAAAAUCAACAAGCGAAAAUGAAGUUGUGAAAGAGCAGUUUAAAGAACAGAAAUCACGUCUAGACAAAAUUGAAGAGAAACUGCAAAAAAUAAAAAAAACAGAUGAAAAAAAUAUCAAGAAAACGAUUGAAGCCAACAAAGAGACAUAG